CAAUCAAAUGCGAUUGGAAUUUUUGGUGGACAUAUGAUGGAAUUUCGGGACCAGAAUUUUGGGGAAUAUUAAAUCCAGAUUGGUUUCUUUGUAGUAAAGGACAUAGACAAUCACCAAUUGAUAUAAAACCUGGCCUAUUGUUAUAUGAUCCAAAUUUAAAAAGUAUUUUUAUUAAUAAAAAUAAGGUUAAUGGAUAUCUUGAAAAUGAUGGACAUAGUGUCGUUUUUCAUAGUCAUUAUCAACAACAAAAUCAAAGUGAUACAUUCAAUCAACAACAGAAUCAUCAGAAUUCGAAUCUAAUGUUACCAGUAACAAUAAAUGGUGGACCAUUAUCAUAUUCAUAUUUAUUUCAUUCAUUACAUAUACAUUUUGGUUUGGUUGAUUCAUAUGGUUCGGAACAUUUAAUUUCGGGUUUUCAAUUUCCCGGUGAAAUUCAAUUGAUUGGAUAUAAUUCGGAUCUUUAUGAUAGUUAUGCGGAUGCUUCGACCAAACCAAAUGGUUUGGUCGGUAUAGCAAUAUUUCUAAAGCAAGAAGCAAAAAGUUCACCCGAAAUUGAAAUAUUAACAUCACAAUUAAAUCAAAUUGUUUAUCGUGGUCAAAAAACAAUAAUAAAAUCAUUAAGUUUACGUGAUUUAUUACCUGAUGAUCAAAAUUAUAUAACAUAUGAUGGUUCACUAACAACACCAUCAUGUGAUGAAAUUGUUACAUGGAUUGUUAUUAAUAAACCAUUGUCAAUUACAAAAGAACAGCUUCAAGCUUUACGUUUUUUAAUGCAAGGUGAUAUUGAUGUACCAAAAGCACCAUUGGGUAAUAAUUUUCGUCCAACACAAUCGAUAAAUGAUCGUGUUAUUCGUACAAACAUUGAAUUUAAACAACAACAACAAUCAACGACAAAGGGUAAAAAUUGUCCUACAAUGAAACAAAAUGUCCAAUAUGAAAUCAAUCAAAAACUGUGGAAUGUAAUUUGAUAACUAAUAACGAAUCUCGAGGAGGAUAUAUUCGAAUCACAUAUUAUAUGAAUGGUCAUCCAUAAG